AAAAGAAAAAAAAAAAAAAAAAAAAAAAAAAAAAAAAAAAAAAAAAAAAAAAAAAAAAAAAAAAAACUUGUAUCCAAGUCUACAAAAUCCCAUUUGCCAAGCAGAGAUUGUUUGCCCUCCUUCUCUCCCCAAAGGGAAGUUCAACCACCACCCACCUUCUUUUUCCUUUCUCCUCAACAGAUGGCUUUAAAUAAAACAAUGAAUUCAUUAUUAUUUCAUCUGCUAUCUGCUACUCCCUGACUAUUUAUCUCUCUCUCUCCAAAAAAAAAAGUCAAUUUUUUUUUUUUUUUUUUUAAAAAUUAUCAAUGAAGAAAUUACAAAACAGGUAGAGAGAAAGUUAAACUCUUUUUUAUAUCUCCAAAAUCAUUAGUCUCUUUCUAUCAAAAUGUUAUCAAUAUCUUCUUCUUCUUCUUCUUCUUCUUCAAUGGCCAAAUCAGCCAAAUGGGUUUUCAAAUCAAUUGGCCAUUUCACAAAUGAAGUCGUAAGCAUUUUUCUCUUCUCUCUUCUUGACAUCUUCGACAUUGUGUUAUGUUUUGUUUACAAAAUGGCUGAUUUCUUCUUUGAAUCCCAAUGGAAACCUUGUUAUUGUUCUUCCCAUAAAGAAGCUAUUACAAGUAGUGAUGGGAAUAAGGUUUUGGUCUCUCAAAAAAAUGUCUUGUCUUUGUCCACUAAACUUCAGCUUGAAGAAGUUUCUGAUACUCUUUAUACUCGUCCUUCUUAUCUCUCUGAGAUAUCUAAGGUUAUGCCUUUUCUUGUUGGUUCCACGACGACCACCGCGGUUGGGUCGACGUUUACUGUUAAUUCCACCAUUGUUGAAAUGCUUCAAGACAAGAUCAAUGGUGGCCAAAAUCCUAGAUGGUCGGACUGUGAUUGUAAACCUUGUACUCGUUGGUCUUCUUCCCCUAAACAAUCGCUCUUUGUUCGUUCGCAUGGACUGAAAGAUCACCCACGUGAAGACGUACUGUUCAUUCAUGGCUUCAUUUCUUCAUCGGCUUUCUGGACGGAAACCCUUUUCCCAAACUUCUCGGAGUCGGCUAAAUCGUCAUAUCGGUUCCUCGCCGUUGAUCUUCUCGGCUUUGGUCAAAGUCCGAAACCGGCUGAUUCACUCUACACAUUGAAAGAGCACGUCGACAUGAUCGAAACCUCGGUUCUCGAAGCGUACAAAGUCAAGUCCUUCCACAUCGUUGCUCAUUCCCUCGGCUGCAUUUUGGCCCUCGCUUUAGCCGUCAAGCAUCCCAGCUCUAUCAAGUCAUUAACACUGCUUGCACCGCCAUAUUAUCCGGCACCAAAGGGUGUAGAACCGAGCCAAUACGUGAUGAGGAAGGUUGCGCCGCGGCGGGUGUGGCCGCCGAUAGCCCUAGGGGCGUCGAUAGCUUGCUGGUAUGAGCACAUCUCAAGGACGGUGUGCCUACUCAUAUGCAAGAACCAUCGCUUUUGGGAGUUUCUAACCAAACUUGUCACCAGAAAUAGAAUAGAAUCAUUUUUAGUGGAGGGUUUCUUCGCCCACACGCACAACGCCGCGUGGCACACACUCCACAACGUCAUAUGUGGAACCGGUGGAAAGAUAGAGAGAUAUUUGGACGCCGUCCGAGAGCGCGUGAACUGCCACAUCAACAUAUUCCACGGCAGCGACGACGACGUAGUUCCGGUAGACUGCAGCUACAACGUGAAGGCGCGUGUACCAAAGGCGCGUGUGAAUGUUGUGCAAAACAAAGACCACAUUACAAUCGUAAUUGGAAGACAAAAAGCCUUUGCUAGAGAGCUUGAGGAAAUUUGGAGCAAUUCAAACGCUUAAAUAAAAAAAAUAAUAGUAAUGAAGCAAAUAUUAUUAUUACUGUUAUUAUUAAUAUAUCUUAAUCGUAAAUUAAAAGUUUUUUUUUUAAAAAAAAAAAAAAGAAGAAGAAGAAGAGAAAUGGACGAUAUUAAAAAUUUAAAUAACCUCAAAAGAAGGUUUUAAGAGAGUUAUGUAAUUCUUUUUCUUUAGUAAUGUGUAAAAAGUUUGUAUUUUGUGAGGCCAAAGCCGUGUGAAAGUAUUUGAAAUACCCCAUAAUAUUGGGUGUACUUCGAAAUUGAUGUUUAGCAAUAAAAAAAAUGUCAAUCAUAUAUAAAUAUUUAGUAAUUUAUAAAAUAUUAGGGGAUUUAUUAA